AUGGCGGACACGUUCAAUGACGCAGUGCCACUGGUACAGGAGGAGAUUGUGGGACAGCAGACAAACAGUUGCGCACAAGAGAUGGACAAUGGUAACGUGGAAGUGUCAAGCCUGGGGAAAAGAGACAGACCUGACAAUGAAGACAUUGAAUCCUCAGGAAGUUCUGCGAAGCGCGUCAAGGGCGUUGCUCCCAUCAAGACAGAGUACUUAUUGCAUCCGGUUGGGAGCAAAGAAGAAGCAAAGGGAGGUGCGGAGAACGACGAUGCUGCUGAAGCUGGUGGUGAGCGCUACCAAAAGGUUGAUGCCCGCGACAACCGUGACGGAGGCAAGGGCAAGAAAAAUAGAAAGGACAAGAAACACGGCAAGCAGAAUGGCCAAAACACAAGCCGUACUUUCGGACAUUCUCGCGACAAGCUCCAGCUAUGUGCCUCUCGUGCAUCAUACCCCGAAUUCUCACCUAGAGAAUGUCAGUUCGGUGAGAAGUGCAAGUUUGAGCACAACCUUCGCAAGUACCUAACGCAGGGGCGACGAGAAGAUCUUGAAACUUUUGGUGGGAAAUGCCCUGUCUACGAAGCUAGGGGUUACUGUCCUCUCGGUUGGAAAUGUCGAUUCCACAACAGCCAUUCGGAAGAGAGGGAGACGGGGGACGGCCGCAAAGAACUUGUGCUCCUUGAAGAUCCCGAGAAGAAGAAGGGCGACCAGGCACGCGAUUUUGAUGAUGAAGUUGGCGUUGUGAAUCUCGUUUCAAAGCAAGACAAGAUCGAUCUUUCGAGACGGCGGCGAGGAACUCCUAAGGCUGAUGCAUAUGUCGAAUGGGUGAACAAGAUCGCUGAUGAAGAAAGGAAGCACUUUGACUCGCAACACAAGUCCGCCGAACAGAGGAAGAUCGACGUUGAAGACAAUCUUGAUCCAGAUGCGAAGGAGGACAACCGAGCACAGUUCGUGGAGCCUCCGUUCCGACCCUCGGAGAAGCGUCGUCUUUACUACGGUCCUGAGACCCCCAUCCUGGCACCACUCACAACGCAAGGCAACAUGCCAUUCCGUCGUCUAUGCGUUGAGCUCGGAGCCCAAGUCACUUGGUCGGAAAUGGCCAUGGGACUUCCACUCAUACAAGGCGAAAAGAGCGAGUGGGCGCUGAUGAAGGCUCACGAAUCUGAAGUCCGACCCGUUAUGUUUAAAAAUAAGAACACCGUUGUGCGAGGCUACGAUAACGCUAAGGACAUCAAGUUUGGAGCGCAGAUUGCUGCUAAUAAGCCCUGGGUUGCGACAAAGACAGUUGAAGUAUUGACAGCACUCUGCCCUCAGCUUCGUGCGAUUGACCUAAAUUGUGGGUGCCCGAUCAAUUUGGUCUGCGAAAAAGGCAUGGGUUCUGCGAUGCUUGACAGCCAUGCUCGUCUCGAAGCUACGUUGCGCGGUAUGAACUACGUAUCCAACGACGUUCCCAUCACCGUCAAGAUCCGAAUGGGUACGAAAGAUGGACAGCCUACGGCCGAUAAGCUGAUCAAGCGUCUCGUACUUGGUGGCUAUGAAGCUGUUGAGUCUGGGAAGGGCACAGCAGGCGUUGCUGCAAUCACCCUCCACGGACGAAGCAAACAGCAGCGCUACACAAAGAAUGCCGACUGGAGUUACAUUGCCGAGUGCAACUCGUUGAUUGCUCGGCUGAAGCGGGAAAAGAACGCAAGGACCGACACCAUCGCCGAAGCUGAUCCCCGAGAUCUUGCUAACGAAGGUCACGUCUACUUCAUCGGCAAUGGCGACUGCUAUUCUCAUGUUGAUUACUACAAUCAUAUCGAGAACGCCAAGGUAGACUCCGUUAUGGUGGCUAGAGGCGCGCUCAUAAAGCCCUGGAUCUUCGAAGAAAUUGAGAAGGGGCAAUACCUGGACAAGUCGGCCUCUGAGCGUCUGAGCUACGUAGAGAAGUUCGCCAAGUACGGUCUGCAGACAUGGGGAUCGGAUGAAAUGGGUAUUGGCACGACUCGCCGCUUCCUUCUGGAGUGGCUGAGCUUCUCGCAUCGGUAUGUGCCUCUUGGGCUACUGGCGCACCUGCCGCCCAACAUCCAGGAUCGGCCCCCACGCUUUAAGGGGAGGGACGACCUGGAAACCCUCUUGGCUAGCGAGAACUACAAAGACUGGAUCAAGAUCAGCGAAAUGUUCCUUGGACCUGCAGCAGAGGGCUUCAAGUUUGAGCCUAAGCACAAGUCGAAUGCUUAUGAGAUCGAAGCAGAGGGUUGA